AUUCCACAUGCUGAAUGAAUUCAGUGACACUCUCAGUGAGCGGACACAGCGACGCUUUUCCCUUCUCGGUUUGGGAAGGAAGGUCUCACUACAGCCGGUGCAGCAUGUGAAAGUCCAACACAGGCGACUUUUUUCUUUUUACACAUUUUGCAGCCAGUCUCUGAUCAUUAAGCAAUUCCACCGCACUGAUUUCUUCACUGAAAUGCCGUCAUGCCACGCGUGAAUGUCAGCUGGAUUAUCACGGUGCUCGCGGUGGAGCUCGCGACACUGUCCGCCGCGCACGCUCACAGCUGUCACGAGGUGAAAACGGCGUUUCAGGUGCGUCAGAUCGGCCAGCUGAAAUGGGUGCCGGAAACACCUGCUACAGAUGUGGACCUGUCGAUAUGCAAGCAUGCUGGGCCAUCAUGUUGUACCCGAAGAAUGGAAGAAAGCUACAGAGCAGCAGUCCUGAGAGACACCACCCAGAACAUCAGAUCAUACAGUUUUGAGCUGAAAUAUCUCAUUUCUGCACAUGCCAUCGCCUUUCAGGAUACGUUCCAGUCUCUAAUCACCUUCUCUCAGAAUCACCUGACCUCUUUGUUCGAGACCACAUACUCUUCUCUCAUGUCGUCCAUCUCCCCUCACAUCGUCUGCCUCUUCACGGACCUUUCUCGCUUCCUCCAGGGCACCGGCAAUGUCUCUGUUGAAACUGCCGUCCACUGUUUUUUCGACAGUCUCUUCCCAUUAGUCCACUCUCGUAUUGUCAAUCCUGGCAUGGCUGGGAGCAUCGGCGAGGACUCUUCUGAUGCAAACCAGUUCGGUGACUGUCUCCGCAUGACAAGGCAGGACGUUAACCCCUUUGGGCCGCACCCAAAGGCAAUGGCAGAUACGCUUGUGAGCGCGUUGAGGGCAGGCCGGGUGCUUAGCCUGGCGCUCGGCGUGGGGUUGGAAGUGAUGAACAUAACAGAUACGGCGGAGUUGUCCAAGGAAUGCAGUCGUGCUUUGGUGCGCAUGCAUUACUGCUCUCAUUGCCGUGGACUGACCCUGAUCCGGGCGUGCAGUGGCUAUUGCCUCAACGUCAUGCGCGGGUGCCUGGCCAGCCUCUCAGAGCUCCACAACCCGUGGAGACAGUACGUCACCGUGCUACAGGAUCUCACACACAUUGUCGCCGGAGCGCACAACCUGGAGCUCGCCUUGCUGGGGAUCAGAGGUCAGGUUGAGGAGGCCAUACUCUACGCUCAGCUCCACGGGCCCAGGCUAACUGCUACGGUGGAUAAGGUAUGUGGUCACUCUUCAAAUGCUUCUUCAACCACAGUCAGGACGUUUCCUCCGACUGCAGUCACCCCUCCACCUGCCAACAGCUCACAGGACGUUCCAGGAGCCGAUAAGAUCGGCAUGUUGGCACGCCUUCACAGUUCACUCCCUCUGAAAACCUCCAAGAGCGAUAGAAGUAGAACUCUGAAAAAGGUUGCACGGGAGUUUACGGGGUAUAUCUCCCGGUAUAAGUCUUUCUUCUCCAUACUUCCGGAGGCGUUGUGUGAGGGAGAGAUGGGCGUUGACGAGCUCAUGUGUUGGAGUGGAGAUGACGUAGUCAAAAGUUAUACUGCAAGAGUGGUGGGCAAUGGAGUUCGUGCUCAAAGACAGAAUCCAGAAGUAAGAGUCAGAGUUGCUGACCCUGUGCUUAUGGAUAUCAAAAACAAACUCGAGCUCUUCAACAUGGAAAUCCAAGAGAUCAUGCCUGGUGUGGGGCACAGGGAGUCCUGGGACGAGACAGGGAGUGGAGAGAGCAGUGGUGAAUGUGAUGAUGAGGACGGUUGUGAAGGUUCUGGAGAGUCUGUGGCAUCUCCCACUCUCACAGAAGCUGAUGUAUCCAAAAAAGCAGUGAAGGUCUCCUUCCACGACUCGCCCAUCACCCAGAACACAUCUUCGUCAGAUGCUUCUCUUUCCAUGGCCAGCUUCAUCAUCAUCAUCCUCGCUCUGGGGCUGCACUGGUCCUUCUGAAAGGCCACAAGCACACACAAUGAUCACAUGCACACAUGGGUGAACAUCAUGAAGAAAUGUCAGGGUCUCAUUUACCCCCAAAAAAUAAACAAAAAUUAAAUGAAAAAAUUAAAUACAUUUAUAUUUUGUAAUGAAAAUGAUGCAUUUUACAAAUUUGGCAUUUUGACUUUAUUUAAUUCACAAUUAAAUAAUUAAUUCAUGGUUAUAUUUUUUAUUAGUCAUUACUUUGUUCUCCAGUAGGCGGUUUCCAUUACCCUUUAAAUUGCGCAAACUGAAAUUGCGAAUUGAAAAUAUGCUUAAUGGAAACGGGUCAUUUUUGCAAAAACGCCCAUAUAUCGCAAAAAAGUUUUUAUGCUCGCAUGAGGUGGUUUUUCAGGCAAUGCAAAAAAGGAAUAAUUUGCAAAACUGCAAUGGAAACAUUUUUUUUUGCAUUAACAGGUCACAUGGUGUACGUAAAAGGUCAUAUGAUCAUUCCUCAAUGUACUAACCUCCAAGAAACACUUCAUAUGUGGCUGCUCUCAAGUAUAAGGGGCUUUCCCUGCCAUUAAUGCUUAGACUAUUUUACACUGCACACUUCUACACCGCGUUACGGCUCUGGAGCUGAUCGCAGCCACUCUAGUUAACGCUUGUGUUACCAGUCGCGCAACGGCAUGUCCCUGAAGCUGCUCUCCGCGCUGCUUCUGUCAAGAUACACGCAUACGCCUCCUUCGAUUAAAUAUAAUGGCAAGUGUAGCCAAAAUCAGUCAAAAUCCGUUGCCAUGACUUAUUGCGAGAGGAAAAAAUUAUGUUUUAGUCGAAUAACAUCGGUUAAUGGAAACGCCGUCAUCUGAAGAACGACAUACAAAAGACGCUCCGUGUCUUAACCUUUAAUUAUAAUGCAGAACAGCUGUAUCACAUGCGCACCAGCCUAACUAACUCGUCUCUCUCUACCGGGUCUUUUACUCUCUGCAUUAACCCUAUAACUACAUAAACAGCACUUUCACAAUGAUUAUAAAGAUAAAGUGUGUGCGCUACACUACAUUCUUUAUUAUUAAACGAAGUAAGAGAACAACGACAGUCUACAUUAAUCGACACAUUCUUAGGAAAUAGUGAGUUCACGGUGAAUUUUCAGAACUAUUUCAGUAAAACAGUAAUAUUGUGCUUUACCUGGAAACCUAAAGCUGCACUAGGUAUACAGUACAUCACAUAUAGGCACAAAAAACAAAAAAACCUAGAUAUUUUGAGCACUCAGUUGAAAAUGUACACAUAAAGCAUCAAUCGUACUUACAGGUUGGGGUUAAGGGACGCUUGUUGGUCCAAAUAAAGAAGAUUAGAAGCCAACGAAAAUGAAAGGCAAGGUCAGAGAAGCAGUCCUCUGUAAAAUGAUGAGCACAACAAAAGGUUCGAAUUGUAUUGCUGUUGUAUCGUGGAACACAGCAUCUUCUCGACACAGAUAGUGUUCGUAUUUCGCGGGGAUUAUGCUAAUGUGUUACCCAGUGACGUAUAUACCGGUAACAGGCAGAAGAUUCGAAAAUAUAACGACUCUUUAAGGCGAUUCUGAGUCGACUCUUUCUUUUGAGAGACAAUAUCUUUAUUUAUCAUGCACUUUUUUGAUUAACAACUUUGCAGACUGUUUACAUUGAAGGAUAACUACCUUGCAAACGGCAAGGUAGUUAUCCUUCCGGAGAUAUUUUUCGAAAACCCAUAUGACCUGCUCUUUAAUAUAUAUUCUUAUUUCUUUCUUUUGAUUUUGCGGUGAAAUAUGACCAGGUCAUUUCCUGACUGUUCAUAUGAGUUCACCCACACUGUAUCGCUAAAUAUUCACAUUGCAAGGAUGAUUCAUUAUGUUCCCAGCCCCAUUAUGUGGAAGACUCCAGCAGGAAGACUAGCUGUGCUCUCUGUGGUUUAAGUGUUAGCACUCUUCACAGACUUCUAAUAUCAGGACACAACUGUUAUCAUCACUGAAUGGGACUGUGGAAUGCAUGACAAAAUAUGUGCAUCUGUGGAAACAUUGCUCAUGACCACACAACAAAAAGAAAACAGAAAUCUGUCUGCAUAGUAAGCAAGGGAUUUUACCACCAUACACACACACAGAGCAUUAUUGAAUGAAACUAUGAAUGAUAUGCACAUUGUAAAUAGUUUGAACUGGCGCUGAAUUUAUAGGACAACAUAUGUUAAAGUAUCACACAAACCUUAUUUUAAAGGUGCUGUAUGUAAGUUUUUGACUCUACUAAAGCAUACAAAUACCAUAAUAUGUUUGCAGAUAUUUAAGAAACAUGCCAAGUUAAAAUACUUGUUUAUCUGAAAAACAAUGCUACAG